UGUGAGGCCGACGCGUAGGCCUACAACGCUAUCAGAAAGGUAAAUGGAAAGCGAUUUUCAUUUUGACGAGCUGUUGCAAUUAGUUGUCUAAACCGGUAAUUUCAAAUGCAUAAGUCCUUCUAAAAGACCACUCGAACCAAUCCUCAACUGCAUUGCUCGAUGACUUGAAGUUCCUUCGGCUUCAUGCGGCCGAAACACCGAAACAUGGCGUCUGAGAUAAAUGCACUUAAACACCAUGUGAAUGCAAGUCACAAAGAAGCCUGUAGUGACCUUGAGAAGGCCAGCCACCUCAUCACAGAAGCAUUGCAGAGUGAGAUCCAGAGGAACACAACUCUGUGCAUCUUAAUCCACGUUCUGGAAGAGAGGGCGGCUGAGAAUGAAAGGAGUCUAUCAGAGCAUGUGGAGGCAAACCGGCAGCUGCAGCUCCAGGUGGUUCAUCUAUAGCAACAACUGGAGGACAAAGACCACUCAUUAGCACAAGCCAAACAGGGUAUUGCUGUCCUGAAGAAUGAACUGGGGGACCUGCAACAGCAGCUGAGCCACCAGAGUAAUCAUAGGACGAUUCAGGAAGUGACUGAGUGGCAACAAGAUGAGACGAGUCUGGUUAAUAUAGUGAAAGAGGAGAAUGGUGUCCAGCAGAAUGUUGUUCUUGCUGUUAAAAAGGAAGAUCCUAAUGAUUCAUAUCCGUGUAGUCAAUCAGAUGAAACGGAACAGACAAACUCUUCAUCUGCAGGCAUUACAACGGAACUGGUGCAGGAGGAGGAGGAAAAGUUAGACAUGACUCCAGUCGUCAGCUCUGACCCAGAUCCAGUCAGGUUUUUGAGAUUAUCAGUGCAAUUGGUUGACUGUUCUGCAACACAAGGUCAGCAAAGCACAACCAGCAGGAACAAUGAAGAUGGCGAAACCCCCUAUAAUGUAGGGAUAGCAGGAACGGGAUCAGAAUUGCCAUCUUCUGCAGUCCCCAAAUUAACAGCCGUCCCAGAGACAGAGGUGGAUAAUGGGAGGCCAUAUAAGUCUUCUGUCUGUGGAGAGGAUUUCUCCAGAAUAUCAGCAACGGAAAAGCACCAGCAGGAUAUCCACACAAGAAAGAAGCCUCAUCUCGAACAAGACAAGCACACACACACAGGAAAACCGCCCCACCACCACAAACCUCAUGGCAAACGUGUUAGGAGGGCCAUUGCUCUCGCCGCACACAACCGCACUGACACAGGUGAGAAGUGCCACCUCUGUGGAAAAUGUGGUAAGAGUUUUGCACAUGCAAGAAACCUUACGGCGCAUCUGCUCAUCCACACAGGAGAGAAGAGCCACCACUGUGGACAGUGUGGUAGGAGUUUCACACAUGCAAGAAACCUCAAGAGGCACAUGCUCAUCCACACAGGAGAGAAGAGCCACCACUGUGGACAGUGUGGUAGGAGUUUCACACAUGCAAGAAACCUCAAGAGGCACAUGCUCAUCCACACAGGAGAGAAGUGCCACCACUGUGGACAGUGUGGUAAGAGUUUUGCAUGUGCAAGAAACCUCACAGCGCAUGAGCUCAUCCACACAGGAGAGAAGCCGUUCCAAUGUACACAGUGCGGCCAAUCUUUUAGACAAUUGGGAAAUCUCAAAGAACACCAGCUCCUCCACACAGGAGAGAAGUGCCACCACUGUGGACAGUGUGGUAAGAGUUUUGCACGUGCAAAAAACCUCAAGAGGCACAUGCUCAUCCACACAGGAGAGAAGCCAUACCAAUGUACACAGUGCGCCCAGUCUUUUAGACGAUCGGGACAUCUCAAAGAACACCAGCGCCUUCACACAGGGGAGAAACCGUAUCACUGUGGACAGUGUGGGAAGAGUUUCAGGCAUGCAACACACUUCAGGAGGCACACUCGUAUCCACACAGGGGAGAAAUGCCACCAAUGUCCAGAAUGUGGCAGGUCUUUUUCUUAGUUGGGGCACCUAAGGAGGCACCUACGCAGUGUACGCACUCACACAGGAGACAAGACCACCCAACCGCAACUGUAAAAAGUGUGUCAAACGCUGUGUAAAUGUACCACAUCUCACCACACAUUCACACGCGUGAUAACAUUUGGGAAGAGCUAGACCAACUCGCCGGGCAACAUUUUUUUUCGGGUUAUUCUAGUUUAUAGGCUAGUUCUGAAGUUCUGUUCUUAUAAAUAACUUGUAAAUGCAUGGGUGUAAAUGUAUGACCUUGUAGAAACGUGCAAAAGCUUGUUGAACAAUAUCUACAACUUUAUUACCCAAAAUCAUACAGUUCUAUUCUGUUUCAAAAUUUUAGUGAAAUGUAGGCCUUUGUUUACUGCCGACUUAAAUAAAACCACAAAAAACUGCAAUUAAUAGGCCCCCUGUGAGUACCUUGCAUUAUUAAAUACUUUCAGAUAUCUUGGCUAUUAAUCAGAACAGAAGUGUAUAAAUUAGAAGUAUUAUUACUAGUGUAAUUACCACACUAGAGCAUGAUGAUCAUUCAUAGUUUAAACACCAGAUUAUUUUCACUGUAGGCCUACCUAGUGAGCCACAUAGCUAUUUGUACUUAACACUCAUAUACAUGUUGGAUAUACUCUGUUUUAAAGAAAACAUUUUUUAGAUUAUUUGGUUAAAUACACUUUAUUACAUAGCAUGUACUAUUUUUUUUAGCCAAACAGAUCAUUGUGUCACAUUCUGUGACAAGUGCUCAGUCAUAUAGAGAGCCAUACAAUUGUUACAAGUGGUAACAUAUGGCUUUAUACAAGCUGAAUCAGAAGAUUAAAAGUUACAGUCACGCAUACAGUACAUUUUGGUAUUCAUGUAAAUAACAUUUUCACUGUGCUUUUUAAAUAAUGAAAAAAGAAAAAAAGUGGAAUAUAGCAUAAUUUAAAUAAAAAAAGCCAGGACCCUAAAUAAAAAAAACAAAUACAGCAAGCCCUUAAAACUGGAUGACACAGUCAUUGCUUUGGGAUGGCAUCUGUUCCUCGGUCAUGUGGCAUCAGACACCUUCCCAAACUGAACAUUUCAAUAUAUUUGUAGCAGGUAUAAGUUGCAGCAGGUUGCAUAGACAUAUACAUUUGAUGCCACUUUUUUCUGCCUGAAUCAGGUAACGUAUUUGUAGACCUAAUAGUUUUCAAAAUGGAAUUUUCACGGCAUGGUGGGAAAAGUCUUAAUUCAGGGUCAGUGUAGGGAAAUCCAUCUCCAGAAGUUACAAUUCUACACCCACUAUUCGUUUCAGCCAUUUAAUGCAUUAGUUAGUUAGUGAAAUCACAGGUGAC